AUGAAAUUAUCCUUUGAAGUAUUAGGAGUUGGGCUGGCUUGGUUGCUGGGCUGGGGUAGUGACAUGACUAGUGCAGAUAAUGUAACCGCGCCAGAACGGCGGGACGGAUGUGCUUACACUAGAGACGGUUUCAGGCUUUUUCAAGAUCGCCUUAGAUAUAGUGCCAAUCCCGACUGCAUAAGAAUGGACUAUAAGAACAAUGAUAUACUUAAUGAUGACGAUAUACCCAAACAGCAUCUAACGCAUUGGGAUGAUUUACUGGCAUCCGGACUGCUAUGUGAGUCGGAAGCAAACACACUUCUUCAAAUGUUAUCUGUUUGCUACAUAAUUAAGCAACCGAGGAGUAAGGAGUGCCCUUUCGAUAUUGAAAAGGAUUCUCUAUCAUAUGCAUUAGCUAUGACUAUAGCGAAGUUUCAGAAGCGCUAUGACAUGGCUUAUGAGUAUCAUGAACAACUAAAAGCCGUAACUAAAAGCACUACGGGGGCGGAUAUCGUCUCUUUGUUUAGACACAGGAGUUAUGAGACAGCUGAUGCUAAGUACAAACUACUUAAAAAGGUUAUUCUUAAGGAUUACUCGAAGUGGUUGGCUUAUUCUAAUCCGUUCGAGGCGUUAAACAUUACUGAGGAUGAGAUCAAAAAUGCGGUUGAAGCUUGGAAGACGGCGAUCAAAGAUGAAUCGACAUACGGAACAAACGAUUGUUUAGAGCACCAGCUUAGAUACUUCUUGUACGAUGUACUAAGGAUACAGCUAAUGGCCUCUAGCUUUUUAAACAUUUCCAAGGAACGUUGGGGCCGUUAUGUCAAUGGCACAAUCAGCAGUGAACAUAAGAACGAAAUAGAUGCUAUCUUGAAACUAAACGUGGUUGAUCUCAUAAGAAACGUGCCAGCGGAUGAAGCAGCCAAAACGAUAUAUAAACAGUUGUCGCGUGUUCGUCACUUAGGGUGGUGGUAUUACAACAAUUUUCAAACAACUGACCUUAGACAUCGGCUGAAUGAGCUCCUUAAUGAUCUGUCUGCCCAGUAUAGAUCCUUUGAAUUUUCCCUCGAUCAAAUUAAGCAAUGGGCUGAUGAUAUGAAAAUGGUAUCAAUUCAUCUUUUGUUCACACUGAGUAGGGCCAAGCAAUUGCAAGAGAAGCUUGCGCCAGAAUUAGCAAAAAGCACGUCAUCCAGCUCUAUUCACAAGUGUGUAGAAUAUCUAGCCACUAAGUCAUUACCGGCCUCCUCGUCCAAUACUAACCUGCCGCCCAAUUCUCCCAUGUUCCACGUAGCUAUAGGCAGCCUGAUAUGGGCCCGCCUCACUCAUCUAUUCGGACUGUCUUCUUGA